AUGCUAGAAACUUCUAAGACUUUUCAAAGGAACUUUGAUGAAUCGCUAAGAGUCACGAAUGUCGGCAGCAUUAAACUUCUUCCCUGCAGCAACUCGUGGAAACUGGUCAAAGUAGGUGGUUGCUGGGCGACCAACUCGUCUUGUUCCAUAUCUUCAUUUCUUUUUUUUUCGGUUUUCCUUCUUUUUAAUGUUUAUAUCGUUCGUCUUAUUUUCAUUUAUUUUCUUUCUCGUUUCUUUUCUUUUUUUGAUGUUUUAUUUCUCUCUCUCUCUCUCUCUCCCCUCUCUCUCUCUCUCUUUCUCUCCCUUCCCUCUCUUCCCUUCUCAAACUCUCUCUUUCUCUCUCUCUCCUCCCCUCUCCUCCCUCCCUCCUCCUCUCCCUCCUCAAAAACUCUCUCUCCUCUCCCUCUCUUCUCUUUUCUUUCACUUUUAACGUUUCUAGUUUUCUUGAUUUUUUCGUUUUUCUUUGUCGCUAUAAAAUUCUUUCUUUCUAUUUGUAUUUCUUUUUUCGUUUUUAUUUUAUUUCUCUAUUUCAAAGUUUUUUUUUCUUUCCAUUCUUCUUUUGUUUGUUUUCGUCUUUCGUUUCGUCCUUUGUUUUUUAUUCAUUUGGUCUUUCUGUCUUUGCUUUUUCUUCUCUCGUUUUUCUUUCGUAAUUUGUUGUGUUUCUUUCAUCUUUUUUUUUUUUUCUUUUUCUUCUAUCUUUUCACUUCCCCUUUUUCGUCUCCAUUUUUUUUUUGUCAUGUCUUGCUUUCGUUUUUCUUUCAUCACUUUUUUUCGUCAUUUUUCUCUUAUUUUAGUUUUGCUUUGCCUUUUCCUUUUUUUUCUUUCUUUUAUUGUGCUUUUGUCUUUCGUUUGAAUUAUUCGUUCGUGUUUUAG